AUGAGAGUUAUUCGACAUUAUUAUCGUAUAUUGUAUAAUUUUUAUUUGAUAAUCUUUUAUAUAGUGGCCUAUUUGUCAAUUCUUUUUUGUAUUCAUCAUAUUUGGUGUACGAAUAAACAUAUAUGUGAUAAUCAAUUUUUAUGUCCACAUCGUCAGAUAACUUUAUAUACAAAUUUGAGAAUUAUUCAAGAAAAUCAACAAUCAUUAUGUAGUGCAAGGUCAAAAAAACGUGGUCCACAUCAAUAUGUUAUUGGUGUAUCUGCUUAUUUAUCACGAAAAGAUAAUAAAAAGUUAAUAUCAAAAUUAAAAACAUAUCUAUUACAAUAUAUUGAAGAAGCAAAAGAAAAUUAUCCGAAGUGGAUCGUCCGUGUUUAUUAUUUUUCACUUAAUAUAUCUCGAGAAGAAAUACUUGAUAUUGAAGAUAAAUAUGAUAAUGUUGAUUUUUGUGAUGUAACAAAUCUUCCUGUUUUGGGUAAUGUUUUAACAUGGUUACCAGGAAAAAUGCAACGUUUUCUUCCAAUAAUUGAUCCAUUUGUUGAUAUUUAUAUGUCAAGAGAUAUUGAUUCACCUAUACUUGAUCGUGAGACAACAAUUGUUCGUAAAUGGUUAGAUUCGAAACAAACUAUGCAUAUUAUUCGUGAUCAUACUCAUCAUGCUAUACCUAUAUUAGGAGGUUUAUGGGGAAUAAAAGUACAUGAAGAACGUUUAUGGAUGAAUAAUAUCUCUCAAUAUUUGUUAUCAUCUGAUGUUGUUCAAUGUUAUAGUGGUAAACAUGAUCAAACAUUUCUUCAAGAUUAUCUUUGGCCACAUGCAAAUAUGUAUAGUGAAAUGACACUUGAAUAUGAUAGUUAUUAUUGUGAUAAAUUUCCAAAUUCCCGUCCAUUUCCAACACGAAAACUAUCGCCAACACGUUUUGUUGGUUGUCGGCGUCCGAAUUGUACAACUGAUAUAGAUGUAGAAUGUCCAAAGAAAUGUCGACCUGUAGGUCAUCCAGAUUGGAUAUGGUGUUAA